AUGGCUUCGUUAAGAACCGGAGUCGCUCAGACAGCUCUUAGAGAGACUAGGAGAACUCCAUAUGUCUGCCCUCAGUGUGAGCUUCGACAGAUGAGGUUAUCUCCUUUCAACGACCUGCCGCGACGGAAGCAGAUCCGCUAUUCCUCCACAGAUGCCGCAGCUCCUCCCCUACUCGCAAAGAUCAAGGGCGACCUGAAGACAGCCAUGAGAGCCAAGGAUACACCGCGCCUCAACGUACUUCGCGCCAUGAUCACCGAAUACAAUAAUGCCUCUAAAACGAACACACCCAUCAAGACCGAUAUCCAGUUACUAGCACUACUGAAGAAGAAAAAAGCUGCAAGUGAGGCUGCCGCUUCUGAGGCAAAGGCUGCCAACAGACAAGACCUGGAGGAGAAGAAUAUGCAAGAAAUAAAGGUAAUAGAUGAAUUGGCCGGAGAAGUAAAAUUAGUACCCGACCAAGAGAUUCAGGAAACAGUUUCAAAGGUCCUCGAAAGUCUCAAACAAGCUGCCUCUGGCGCAGAUGUCAAAGCAGGAAAUGUUCUCAAAGAACUGCUCAAAGCCGGAGGACCCUUCAAUGGACGACCUGUCGAUAAUGCCCAGGUCUCCAAGAUUGUCAACCAGCUGUUGACGGGUGGUAAAUAG